GAAAUGACGGAUAAAACUUUUGCUCAUGUUAUUGUUCAGGCUUUCUUCUCCAAUCUCUAUUACAUUUGCGUUCAACUCCUCAACAGCCUCAACAACAUGGAACCAUGGAUUUACGGCGUGUACUUCUUCUUUUCCCUAUUUUAUCUCAUUGGCCGAACAGUGGGAAUGUGCCUCUUUGGCGCAGAAGUUCACACAGAAACAAAGAUACCUGCUAAAAUACUUCGCAGAAUACCAACGGAAGGCUGGAAUGUGGAGACAGAAAGAUUUCUAGAGCUCGUCAAUAACCAGACAAUUUCACUCACAGGAAAUGGAUACUUUUUUAUUACAAGACCUUUCUUGCUCUCACUCCUUGGAACAAUUGUCACGUAUGAGCUUGUCCUGAUGCAAUUCAAUGAAAAUGGCAGUUUUCACCAGGCCAUGACAAAAAUCCUCUUUGUCGCACAAUGUUUCGGAGUCAUGCCAGUUAUCGGCGUCACGUGCAAAAAUCCUACCAAUUUACGCUUCUCCUGGAUGAGCUUGAGGACCAUUUACAGUCUAAUAAGCCUAGUGGCCAUCGGAUUUUACACUGCACUCACAAUUCAUCACAGUCUCAAUUCAAAACUUGAAUUUGUGAAGGUGGUUCCAGUGAUUUUUUAUACCUCUAAUCUCUACUGCAUUUUCGCCUUCAUCAGGCUGGCAAUGCAGUGGCCUGCACUCAUGGAGGAAUGGAAGAUAGCCGAGACUUUCUUCAAUAACUAUGAGAGUGUCCCGGAAAAACUUAAUCUCAAAAGAAAAGUCCUCUUGGUGGCAAUCACUGUUGGCUUAUUAUCUUUCAUUGAGCACGCCCUUUCUUUGGCCACAUUAAUUCACUAUGCUCAAGUUUGUCCGGAAAAAGGAGAUCCUGUGGCUGCACUAUUCAAGCAAGAGUUCACUCAGCUCUUUGCCUACACUAAAUACAGCUUGGAGAAAGGAAUUUUCGCUCAAAUGAUUAACACCGUCAGCACUUUCGUGUGGAGCUAUAUGGAUUGCUUUGUGAUGCUAAUCAGUGUGGGAUUAUCGACGGGAUUCAAGAAGAUUAACACGCAAUUGGUGGCGUUCAAAGGAAAAGUCGUAUCUGAGGAAUUUUGGCAUAGACAUCGAACUGCUUACCGUCGAAUGUGUGAUCUUUGCGAGAAUGUGGAUAAUCAUAUAAGUCGAAUAACUUUGGUGUCAUUCUCCAAUAAUCUCUUCUUCAUCUGUGUCCAGCUUCUCAACAGUCUCACUGAGAAAGACUCAUUGACUCACACAUUUUACUUCUGGUUUUCGCUCCUCUUUCUCAUUGUCCGCACUCUGGCUGUGUCUUUAUACGCUGCUGAGAUUAAUGAACAGGCUAAAAUUCCCAUUCAUGUAUUUCGCGUGGUUCCUCGUGAAUCAUGGUGUUUGGAAGUCAAAAGGUUCUAUGAAGAGGUCACCAAUGAUAUUGUCGCUCUUUCCGGAAUGAAAUUUUUUUAUCUCACUCGACGACUCGUCCUCAGUGUCGCUGGAACCAUUGUCACCUACGAACUUGUGCUGCUCCAGUUCCAUCAGGACGAAGAGAUAGAAAACAAAGACCCGUGCAGCCCACUAAAAAUGGCAUAAAUCAAUCAAUCUUCAUAUGCAAGGCAUACCGAAUAGGAUAAGUCCUUCAUUGAUACUGACUUUCUCCACCGAAUCCACCAUAAAAUGAAUUGACCUUUUACCCAUGCUGCGCCACGACGACUCUCAAUUAAGUAGAAUUAGAGCGUAAAGUGCUUCAGUGAAACAACAUCAUCGAACAGUGGUCGCCCACAAGUCACGAAAAUUGAUCGCGAUCUUAUAUUCUUUUAAACAGAGUUGAAAUUGACUAUGCAAAUACUGAAUAGAUUAAAAAUUGAAAUGCUCAGCAGUGCACAAAAUGUCUUUUUUUGUGUGAUGUCAUAUUAUCGAUGAUGGAUGAUGAUAAAAAUUGUAAUAAACAAUGCAGUACAUCUUUUAUUUGUUUUUAAUUUAUAAAUGUACAAUUCUUUGCUUGUUUUCUGGAAUGAAAUAAAAAAUAAA